UAAAUUUAAAACGAAACUUGAUUACAUAAUAUAAUGUGAUUAGGGUAAUGUUGAUGAUGAUCCUUCACUUGUAAAUGAAUCCUUUUAAAGAUGUUGUAUCGAAAGUCAAAUAAAUAGUAUCAUUCUUUAAAAUAAAGUCGUUGUUUAUUAAUAAGUGAAUUUUAUUAAACUAUACAGAUGGUCGAUAGAACUGCCUUCACAGGACACAAAUGAAGUUGAUCGGUGGAAGUUGAAGUUAAAAAAACCGAGAUCAUUAUCAAAUACGUUCUUAACAGAAUCAUUUGUGAGGAGAGAUGAAGUUUCUUCCCAUGCUAUCAAAAUAAAUGUUGAGAGAAAUUACAGUGCAUUAUGUUAUACUAUACUGAAGAAAGGCUCCAUGAUUUUCAUAAUCACAUCGUGUUAUCCGACGUGUAUAUAUUGCAAAGAUUUUUACAGGAAUCAUCCAAUUUAAUGAAAUUUCACUCGCUUCUCGAUCUUUUAAGCUAUAAUGCAUUAGGCCUUCUUGCUAAAUUAAUUACUGAAGAUGCAAAGAACUUUGAGGGAACCUGUCCAGGAAACUUUGAGGGAACCUGUCCAGGGAUAAAAAUAUUUAUAAAAAAUCAUUUCUCAAAUGACUUUUCAGCUGCUAAAGGGGCAUUGGUAGCAACUCUUGAGCAAUUAUAUGAAAUGUUGAAAAGUCCUGAGAAUUAUAAUGAGAAACAACCAAACGUAAUGACUCCUGCUUCAUCUGCUCUACCUUCCAUACACAAAGGGUUGGAGCUACUUCACAGUAUGCCUCUUUUUGCUCUCAUUGCUUUGAAUAGGAAACUUAAAAGUAAAAAGACGAUUUUUACGUUUCCACCCUCCAAGAUUGGCUACAAUAAGAAUAAGCUUGUUAAUAGUAUUCAGAGAAGAUGCCAAAAACUCAUUCUUACUCUAAAUAAUGAAAAUUCAAUGCCCAAAGAACUAGCAAAAGUAAUUUCUACAAUCCAUCUCUAUUUCAAGUACAAAACAAAGUGUUCUUAUACAUUUACAACGAAUUUCUUCUCUUUCUCAAUCGAAACAGUUACCCUUCAGAAUGAUAUCUUAAAAGCUCUUUGGUCAAUCCCAAAGAUUACUUCUGAUCAGAUGAAAGCUUUGCAAGCUAUUCUGGGUGUCAAAUUAGAAGAUGAUUCAAGCAGCUUUUUGAAUGAUCUUAAGCAAUAUUUGAUGCAAUAUUUGUUGGAAUGUGAUGAAAUAAAGAUCCCAAGUGCUGUUUCUGAUGUUUUAGCAGUUCUAAACCAGAGUCCUAGUAAUCAUCCUCAAACAUGUUCGAAGGAGAUGAUUGAAGUAGAGAUGGAGGCGGUACUGAAUGUGAGCGUUGGACUUUAUCAAAUUGUCUCGCACUUUGUCUCAUGCAUGAGCACUGAUGAGAAGGCGGAAGUGGGUCUAGAAAGCUACGAUGAUACUAUGAGUAAUGAUUUUGAACUCAUCGAGAAUGCCUGCUGUUCCAGUAUUGUCAAGUAUGGAUGGCAGCGGAAGAAUGAUUUGUCCAUGCAUGGUGAACUUGAUAGCACGGGGGAUUCAAUGCCUCAAACUUGCAGAAUUUCUGCUAAUAGUGAUAGUUGCAGUAAGAAUAUCAAACAUGAUUUUGUGAAGAAGGUCAAGAAGGAGCAAGAUGACGAUAUUGAUGAUCAAAUACCCCAUUAUAAAAAGUCUAUGGAAGCAUCGCUUCGAAGUACACAAGCGCCAAAAGAUUGUAGAGAUAUCUCAAUCAAAGAACUUUGUGAUGAGACAAGUUUAGUUUCUUAUAGACUUAUUGGUCACAUGUUGAAUAGUUUUUUGCUUGUAAAAGGUGAAGAUGUGGGUGUUACGACUAGGUAUCAUCUCACCGGUGAAGUAUUGCAUUCUACAAUUUUUGAAGAUAAGAAAGAUGUGUUAGGUUUAUCUGGGGAGAAUGUUGGCAUUAAGGCUCUUAUGCAUUCCGUAAAGGAUCUGUUACCUUCCAUGCCAGAGAGAUGCAUGCAGAGAGUGGAGAAGCUUAUGAAGCAGCCUACAUUAAUUAAUUAAUUUUUAAAGUUUUUGAUGGAGUAUGUUAUUUCGUGAAUCAAUAAUUAGAGUCAGAAGUAAGUGUUCUGUUGUUAUAUUGCUAUUUCGUGAAUCAUGCAAUCAAUCAAGCCAUUUGUACUAGCCUUGUUCUGUUGUUA